AUGAGUGCUUCAAGAUUCAUAAAGUGUGUCACUGUUGGGGAUGGUGCUGUUGGCAAGACUUGCAUGCUUAUUUCCUACACCAGCAACACUUUCCCUACUGAUUAUGUGCCAACUGUGUUUGACAAUUUCAGUGCGAAUGUGGUUGUGGAUGGGAGCACUGUCAAUUUAGGGUUGUGGGAUACUGCUGGUCAGGAAGAUUACAAUAGACUGAGGCCUUUGAGUUAUCGAGGGGCAGAUGUUUUCCUGCUUGCCUUCAGCCUCAUUAGCAAGGCCAGCUAUGAAAAUGUUGCGAAGAAAUGGAUUCCUGAAUUGAGGCAUUAUGCACCUGGUGUUCCAAUUAUUCUUGUUGGGACAAAGCUCGAUCUCCGAGAUGAUAAGCAAUUCUUCAUAGAUCACCCGGGUGCAGUGCCCAUCACCACGGCUCAGGGAGAGGAACUGAGAAAGCUAAUAGGGGCUCCUGUUUACAUUGAGUGCAGUUCAAAAACACAGCAGAACGUCAAAGCUGUCUUCGAUGCAGCCAUCAAGGUGGUCCUCCAGCCUCCGAAGCAGAAGAAGAAAAAGAAGAGAAAGGCACAAAAGGCCUGCUCCAUAUUGUGA